AUGGCACCCGCUCAUCUCCGGACGCCACCCCAGGCCCCGCCUACUUUCACUGCAACCCCUCAGUCAGUGGUCGCUGAUGCUGAGCGCUUGAUCAAGAGCUCGCGAGCCAUUCAGGACAAGGUGGUGGCGGAGAUCAAGCCGGAUGACGCGACCUUUGCCAACGUUGUCCGGCCCCUCGCCCAGAAUGACAACGAGAUGGCACUAGAGUCACACAUUCUUGGUUUCUACCAGGCUGUUUCAACUGAUUCAAAGCUGCGAGAUGCUUCGUCCAAGGCUGAAGAGUUGAUGGAUGAGUUCUUCAUUGAGGCGGUCAUGCGCGAGGAUAUCUUUAAUCUGGUCGAUGCAGUGCUGCGCCGCAACGAGUCUCUCGACCCCGAGUCGCGCCGUCUUCUGGAGAAGGAACACAAGGAUUUUGUCCGCAAUGGUCUCGGCCUACCCGCUGGGCCCCAACGGGCCCGCUUCAAGGAGAUUAAGAAGCGGUUGAGCCAGCUAAGCAUUGAGUUCCAGAAGAACUUGAACGAGGAGAACGGCGGUAUUUGGUUUACCCCCGAGCAGUUGGCGGGUGUGCCCAAGGAUGUCCUGGACGGACUCAAGAAGGGUGAGGGCGAGAAUGACGGCAAGCUUUGGCUGUCAUUCAAGUACCCUGACCUCUUCCCCACUAUGAAGUACGCCACCGAUCCCGAGGUUCGAAAGCAGGUCAUGAUCGCCAACGAGAACAAGUGCAACCAGAACGUGCCGCUGUUCCGGGAAUCUAUUGUGCUUCGUGAUGAGGCUGCCCGUCUUCUUGGCUACCCCAACCACGCCGCCUUCCGUAUCGAGGACAAGAUGGCCAAGACUCCUGAGACUGUCGACAAGUUCUUGGGUGAUCUUCGCGACAGGCUGACCUCUGGUGGCCGAAAGGAGGCCCACAAGUUGUUGGAGCUGAAGAACGCCACAGACCCCACGGCCGAUGGCCGCUACUAUCUGUGGGAUCACCGGUUCUAUGACCGUCUUAUGCUCGAGAAGGAUUACUCUCUUGACCAGCAGCUGAUUGCUGAGUGGUUCCCCUUGCAGACAACCAUUCAGGGCAUGUUGAAGAUCUUUGAGGAGCUGUUUGGUCUGGAGUUUGUUGAGAUCAUUGGCGAGGACCGGGCAGCUAUCGCCCCCACUGGCCAGGGCAAUGAUAUUGUCUGGCACGAGGAUGUCCAGGUAUUCAGCGUGUGGAAUGACGAAGGCGAGGGCAGUGGCUUCGUUGGAUACUUGUAUCUGGAUCUGUUCCCUCGCGAGGGCAAGUAUGGCCAUGCCGCCAACUUCAACCUACAGCCCGGUUUCGUCGACAAGGACGGUAACCGUCGAUUCCCUGCUACCGCACUGGUGUGCAACUUCACCAAGCCCCAGCCCAAGAAGCCCAGUCUGCUGAAGCACGACGAGGUCGUGACUCUCUUCCACGAACUGGGCCACGGCAUCCACGACUUGGUGUCCCGGACCACCUACUCCCGUUUCCACGGUACCAACACCGUGCGGGACUUCGUCGAGGCACCCAGUCAGAUGCUGGAGAACUGGUGCUGGACCCCCUCGCAACUUCGCUCUCUGAGCCGACACUACUCAAGCCUCUCUCCCGAGUACCUGGCUAGCUGGCAAGAGGCCCAGGAGGGCAAGGCCACCACCAGCACUCCAUCAGAGCGUAUCCCUGACGACGUGAUCGAGAACCUGAUCCGCACCAAGCACGUCAACGAUGCCUUGUUCAAUCUGCGCCAGCUGCACUUCGGUAUCUUCGAUAUGACUGUGCACGAGCCCAAGACCCAUGCCGACAUUGAGGCUCUCCCUCUGUCAGCCACGUACAACCGUCUCCGCCAGGAGAUUACGCAAAUGGAUGGACCGGAAGCUCUGGGCGCUGGCAGCGAGUGGGGUCACGGAGAGGCGACUUUUGGACACUUGAUCGGUGGUUACGAUGCUGGUUACUACGGAUAUCUGAGCUCCCAAGUCUACUCCACCGACAUGUUCUACUCCGUCUUCAAGGACGACCCCAUGAACAAGGCUGCUGGCCGUCGCUACCGGUACCAGGUUCUGGAGAAGGGUGGCAGCCAGGAUGAGAUGGAGACUCUGACCGCGUUCUUGGGCCGUGAGCCUCAGACCGAUGCAUUCUAUAAGGAGCUGGGACUGGCAUAG